AUGCGCGUGGUCCAAGGAGACCUCGACACCAAAGGUGUGCGGGUGGCGAUGUGGCUCACGUACGGCAAAUCCAUCGUCAGCAUCUGCCUCCAGGUUCGCCUCAUCCUCUUCAUCCUGCUCGCCAGCACGGUUGUUUUGAGUUCCGCCGGCGGUGAUGUCUCGCGUGAAGACGUAUCGCAGCCCGACGAGACGCUUCGCAAGACCAUAGUACGCUCCACCAAAAUAAAAGGCUGCCAGUGCAGCGGCCUGCCAGGGGCCGCCGCUCGUCAGGGCCGGGAGAUGCGCAAGGAUGUAGCGCUCUAUGUGGGCUUCGAUAGGCAGUUUCAGCUUUGGUGGCUCGCCGGCUUUGCCUGUGUUGGCAGCUUGUGCUUUGCGACCAGCACGAGCUGCGAGGGUCUGCAAACGAGCUUCCAGACGGCGACGUAG